AUGUGGCAAGGUAAAUUUCUUUCAAAAGGAGGCAAGGAAAUUCUUCUCAAGGCUGUGAUUCAAGCCAUUCCUACUUAUGCCAUGUCGGUUUUUAAACUCCCUGAUUCCUUCUGCAGUUUUGUUGAAAAAGAAAUGGCCAAUUUUUGGUGGGAUGCUAAAAAUGGUGAACGAAUAUUUCAUUGGAAAAGUUGGAAAUCCUUAUGUAAUGCAAAAAGUAUAGGGGGCCUGGGGUUUAGAUCUUUGAAGCCUUUUAAUGAAGCCAUGUUAGCUAAACAAGCUUGGAGAAUCCAAACCAACCAGUCACCUUUGCUUACCAACCUCUUCAAGGCUAAGUAUUUCUCUCGAACAACCUUUUUAAACUCAUCUUUGGGGCAUUCUCCCUCUUAUGUUUGGCAGAGCAUUCACUGGGGUAAAUCUCUUCUGAAAGAGGGUCUUUGUAAGAGGAUUGGAAACGGGACCACCACUAAAAUUUUACAAGACACUUGGAUCCCUAACUACCGUUUUCUUCCAACUCACCUCCCAAGUCACCUUGUCCAUGUCUCUGAUUUGCAACUUCCAAAUGGAGACUGGAACAUCCCAUUGUUGCGCAGCCACUUCCCCUAG